CCAUUGACGUGCAGUACACGCGUCUAUUGAUUGGUCACAUGACAGUCGGUGUAUUUAAGUGCCUGACUGUGUAAAUCUUAUUCAGGUGAAAGUUUUUGUUGAGACGAUGAACAACUUUUGGAAAGCAACGACCUUCCUGGCGGCCAUUGUUGUGGCGGCACACUGCUUGGACUGCCGCUUCUGUCCGGUAGCUCUACUUGAUAUUUGUCUGUUUGGAAGUGAUGUCACAUGUGAUGCCAUAACGGAGGUUUGCUACCGAGGAAGUGCGGAGUUCCCCGGACCAUUGCCAAUCAGACUGUACACCCGCGGCUGCCUGGAUCGAAACAUGUGUGAGAUUACGAUGAACGGCACGGCCCUUGGAACUCCUUACACCGCCUCUUUCGACUGUUGUGUCACCGACAUGUGCAACGGUGCCGCGCCCCUCCAGCUUUCCCUGACAAUGGCUGCCGGGGUGGCGCUUUUUUCGCUGUUGGCCAUAUAGGAGGUUGGACUGUCGCAUGAUCCAUUAUACAGGUUCUUGCACAUCACGCCUGAUAAAUCAUCUUUACCAUGUAUAUGAUGGAUAUCAGUAAAUACUUGCAUAUUCAUGUAUCUUAUUAUUAACUUAUACGCAAAUACUGCACAUCCAUGUCAGCCUCUUCAGCUGUGAAAAUUGAUUUUGAUAUUGAAACCAGAUAUUUAGAUAUAGAUUAAAUAAACGAGUCUUCAGUUGAAAUGAACGAUAUCACAUACAUAGCUUUUUAGACAAUAUGUGAGUAUCUUACAGUGUGUCCAGAAAAACAUGAUGUUGUAAUAUAAAUUAAUAUAUUAAUAAAUGGAGGUGGUUGUGGGACAAAGAGUAUUUGCUUAUUUACAUAUAUAUAGUUGUGUUUAGGUCAGUACAAUUAUACAUGAAUAUAACUAAGAGGUAAUAUUUUUUGACAUAUAUAUAUAUAUAUAUAUAUAUAUAUAUAUAUAUAUAUAUAUAUAUAUAUAUAUAUAUAUAUAUAUAUAUAUAUAUAUAUAUAUAUAUAUAUUGGGACGGCGUGGCGCGGUGGGAGAGUGGCUGUGCGCAACCCGAGGGUCACUGCUUCAAAUCCCACCUGGAACCAACCUCGUCACGUCCGUUGUGUCCUGAGCAAGACACUACACCCUUGCUCCUGAUGGGUGCUGGUUGGCGCCUUGCAUGGCCGCUCCCUCCAUCAGUGUGUGAAUGUGUGUGUGAAUGGGUAAAUGUGGAAGUAGUGUCAAAGCGCUUUGAGUACCUUGAAGGUAGAAAAGCGCUAUACAAGUACAACCCAUUUAUAUAUGUAUAUAUAUAUAUAUAUAUAUAUAUAUAUAUAUAUAUAUAUAUAUAUAUAUAUUGUCUUGCUCUAUCAUAUGAUAGAGCAAGAAAUUCCACUAAUAAACCCUGAUAAGGCACACCUGUGAAGUGAAAACCAUUUUAGGUGACUUCCUCUUGAAGCUCAUCCAGAGAAUGCCAAGAGUGUGCAACGCGGUAAUCAGAGCAAAACGUGGCUAUUUUUAAGAAACUAGAAUACAAACAAUGUUUUCAGUUGUUUCACCUUUUUCUGUUAAGUACAUUACUCCACAUGUGUUAAUUCAUAGUUUUGAUGCCUUCAGUGACAAUCUACAAUGUAAAUAGUCAUGAAAAUAAAGAAAACCCAUUGAAUGAGAAGAUGUGUCCAAACUUUUGACCUGGACUGUAAAUAUAUAUGUGUAUAUAUAUAUAUAUAUACGUAUGUACGUAUGUAUGUAUAUAUAUAUAUAUAUAUAUAUAUAUAUAUAUAUAUAUAUAUAUAUAUAUAUAUAUAUAUAUAUGACAUAGUAUCUUCAAACUUGCUGAUCUCCUGAUCGAUUUAGAUUUUAAUUGGCAAGUUGUGCAUGAGAUGCAGUUAUAAAUACCUGUUGAUUUUUUAUGUCAAACCUAAAUGCGUUUAGUCCAUAGCAAAAAAUAAAUAAUUUCAGAUUUUGGAUAUCCCCUUUAUCGACUGAUGCUCUAUCGGAGCCUGCUGCAGGAGUAUGAAGUAUCGACGUUUGAACAUAAAAAAAAUAUAUCUGAUGGCUAUGAUUAACAAGUAUUUAUCACAAAAACAUUUGACCAAAUAUUUAACACAUACUGUAAGUCGCCAUAGGCCAGUACAUUGUCUUUACAUUUUAAUAAUGUAUCAGGUCUGGAAGGUAAUGCCUAUUAUGGACCUAAAAUCAAGUAAAUACAAAUAUUGCUGAUACUUUCUACUUGAAAUAGUUUUAAGAUUGUGACUUGUCUUUGAUUUGUUGAUUGUGAUUAUAAUUAGUAAGGGCGUGGGGAAAAAAUCGAUUCGAAUAUGAAUCGAUUCUCUUUUUUUUUUUAAUCAAUUUUUUUAUUUUAUUAUUUAUUUUUUUUAUCAAUCCAACAAACCACUACACAGCAAUACCAUAACAAUGCAAUCCAAUUCCAAAACCAAACCUGACCCAGCAACACUCAGAACUGCAAUAAACAGAGCAAUUGAGAGGAGACAAACACGACACAAAACAAACCAAAAGUAGUGAAACAAAAAUGAAUAUUAUCAACAACAGUAUCAAUGUUAGUUAUAAUUUCAGCACGGCAGUGAUUAAAAAUCCCUCAUUGACAUUAUCAUUAAACCUUUAUGAAAAAUAGAAAAAAAGAACAAUAGUGUCACAGUGGCUUACACUGGCAUCGCAUCUCAUAAGCUUGACAACACACUGUGUCCAAUGUUUUCACAAAGAUAAAAUAAGUCAUAUUUUUGGUUUGUUUAAUAGUUAAAACAAAUUUACAUUAUUGCAAUCACUUGAUAAAACAUUGUCCUUUACAAUUAUAAAAGCUUUUUGAAAAAAAUAUACUACUCUGCUAGCAUGUCAGCAGACUGGGGUAGAUCCUGCUGAAAUCCUAUGUAUUGAAUGAAUAGAGAAUCGUUUUGAAUCGGAAAAAUAUCGUUUUUGAAUCGAGAAUCGCGUUGAAUCGGAAAAAAAUCGAUAUUUUAUCGAAUCGCGACCCCAAGAAUCGAUAUUGAAUCGAAUCGUGGGACACCCAAAGAUUCGCAGCCCUAAUAAUUAGGAUUAGCAGUAUCUUGAUACAAGCUUUUCACUUCCGAUACGAUUCACUAUAGGGCAAUAUUGAUAUUGACCCGCUAUCAGCACCAAUAAUACUUACUUUUAACUUUUUUUGUAGUUAGGGAUGUUAGAAAAGGCUUAAAAAAGAGAUAUGUUGUUUUGAUUUUGUGGACACUACAUCUUAAUUCUUGUCAUUGAGUGAAGUGUGGAAUAGAUGAUAUACGAGUUAGUUGUUAUUUGCAUCCCUAGGAAAAAUGAUGGAAUCACCAGACUUGGAAGAUGUUCAUUCAGAUGUUUAUUCUGUAGAAAUAACUGACAUGACACACAACUAUAGUAAUUUCAAAUGGCAACGUUCGGGCUUUAAGAAACAUUAAAAGAAAUCCAGUCUGUAAGAGCUUCAUUUUUAUAUCAAAUAGAGUGAAAAGCUUAUGGAAUCACUCAAUUUUGAGGACGAACAUAUGGAAUCAUAAAAAAUGAACAAAAAAACCCCACUUUGUUGCACCACCUCUGGCUUUUAUAACAGCUUGCAGUCUCUGAGGCAGGGACUUAACGAGUGACAAACAGUACUCUUCAUCAGUCUUGCUCCAACUUUCUUUGUCAGAUCUGCUUUGCAGGUUGGAGUCUUGUCAUUGAACACUUUCAAUAAUAUUGCAUAUACAAAGAUACUGGUGUACACCAAUGGAUAAUGUACUCAACUUUGACAGCCCUUAUAAAAAUACAACUAAAUUAUAAGGAAACAGCUAAAACACAGAUAUAUUUGAAAGAUUGAUACUAUUGCAACACUUAAGUCACUCACACUAUGUAAAGAUACAGCAUAGCAAUACAACACUAAAUUAAAUAGGAAACUCACUUGCUGCUGUAUCAUUCACACCACCAACUUCACUUUAUGUUCAUGUUAUGCAAAUUAGCACCAGCCUUCAGUGCAUUACCCAUCACUUAAUGGUCAGAAACACUUCACUUUCACUUCCUUCCCACUUUUUCAAACUAAUGUAUUAUUUUCCUGUAUCUACAAUAGUUUAAUUGGGAUAAAACAUUAAUCCUGGUCUUCAAACCUUAGCACUUGUGAAUCGUACUUUUUCCAUCUUAACAAGGAUAUCAUUAGGCUGCUUAGUUUUACUAUGUUUGCUUUCAUAACAGCAGAACCUUCAACAUCCUCCAGAAACUUCUUAUGAUGUUCGUUUUCACUUCCAUGAUGAUGGCUUUCCUUUUCUUUGGCGCACUGAAACAAUAAGAGCCUUAUUCACGCUUUGGAAACAUAAUGAAGUGCAAAAAAUGAACUAAUAAGCGUUGUUAUCCUUCCUCAAUGUAGCUGUGUGGAAGUCUGGCACAUAUAGGCUAGGUUCACACUGAACGAUAUAUAACACCCAAAACUGAUUUUCUAUUAAAUUUGAUGUUUUUAUGCAGUCGUUCACAGUGCAAGAUAAAAUGUGACUUCAAUAUGUGUUAAACAACUUUAUUAUUGAAGUAUUGAGAUUAUUAUUCUGUUCAGUUUGCAUGUCACAAAAUGCUGUAAAAACAAAAGGCAUUGUUUUUAGACAAAAUGUGUAUGUUCUCUUUUUUUAAGUACGGUUUAAGCACCUGUAGAGCAGGCUUCAAAUAAUAACAUGCAAAGUCUGCUUCUUCCUACUCCUUUUCGAACAUGUUGAAUUGUGUAUAUGUGAACGUGAGAUUUGAUCCUCUGUAACUUUACAUGCAUGUUCAAAAUAAACUUAAUUUAACUCA